AUUAUUACAACAAAAACACUGUCGAAGAAGAAAAGAGAAGAGGAACAAGAAGAGCAUUUUCGCUUCGUUCCCAAAUCCCCAGAGAAGUCAAACUAAGUCUUCCUCUGAGAGAAUCACUGAUCCACCAAGGCACUUUACAAAUUCCAAUUUUUUAUUUCUUUUUUUUUUCACAAUUUUUAUUCUUUUUUAACUUUUGGGUCUUCUUAGUUCUUAGUUCUUCUGUUGCUUUUGGUAAAUCAAAAAUCAAAGUUCAAAUCUUUGGGUAAGUUUUUCUCUCUGUGUGUAUGAUUAUGAUUACAAAAUUACAGAUCCACUUCAAUUGAAAAUUUUUAGGAACUGGGUUUGGAGAAGAAAAGUGAAUAGUGAAGAAGGAGAAGAAAUUGAAAUUGGAGUGAAAUGCCGGAAGAGGAGUUGGUGGACAUAAAGUUCAGAUUGUACGAUGGGUCUGAUAUGGGGCCAUUCAGGUACUCUUCAGCAGCCACAGUUGAUGUUCUCAAACAAAGGGUUGUCUCAGAUUGGCCAAAAGGCAAAACAGUCACCCCAAAGGCAGCAAAUGAAGUGAAAUUGAUUAAUUCUGGUAAAAUAUUGGAAAACAACAAGACUGUUGGUCAAUGUAAAGUACCAUUUGCUGAUGUUGCAGGCGGUGUCAUAAUAAUGCAUGUUGUUGUACAGCCAUCUCCUGCAAAAACAAAACCUGAAAAGAAGAUUGAUGAUUCACCCAAGAAGAUUGUCUGUGCUUGUUCCAUUUUGUGAGGACAAUCUGGUUUCAUAUUUUGGGACAUCCUCAAUCCUUAAUUCAUCAGUAUCAAGUAUCAUCACCACUGGUAAACUACAGAAAUCAUCAAUAUGCUUGGACCAAAAAAAAAGGAAAAAAAAAAAACAAACUCGUGUUUUCAGUUUUCAACAUUCAAUGUGUAAAGUAUGUGUAUA